AAACUUUUUUCUUAUGUAUCUAAUUCCAUAGCUUGAAGGUGCUCCAGUCAACAGAAUCUUCUUCUACAUUCACCAAAAAAACCAGAUAUGUGUCUCCAUCUGCAUCCUUUAAUACCAAUAACAUUCAACUAAAACCGAUUUACAAGAGAACUAAUUUACUAUGUACAUUGACAUGAAAAAGGCUUUCUAACACCAAGGUGAGAAACAAAGAUAUAAUAGUUCUAAGAAUCUUCCAUGAGUAGAAGGUGAAAGGUGGGCUUUGAAGGUCUCAAGACAACAACAAUCGUGGAUUCCCUGAUCCAAGUUAUAAAAUUCCCCUCUUAAUUCUCAGAAUAAGAUUCUUGCCUUUGCCAGACGGACUAAUACGAAUGCACAACAAAAAAAAACUUUGGUGCAUCAGUGCUGGUACCUAAUGCAAGGUGUGAGGUGUAACAUAAAGUCAUACUCCGGAGGAAUUCAAAUGGGUAGCAAUAUCUGAGAAUGGAAAGUGGAGAUAGAGAACAGGGCCCACAUUUAGCAAAGUAGGAAGGACAAUAUCUCUUUUCAAGUCACUGUGAAUAUUGAAUUGAAGCGGUAUUCCAUUGGCUAUCUCUGUCCAAGAUUCUAUGCUUCACAACCUCAAUUGCCUGGCCCCCAGCCCCCACGCACAAUUCUCUUUUAUAAAAGGCCAUGCUUGGGCAUACCUUUGGUUUGUGAGGAGUAGGUGAAGGAGAAAGCAGAUAAGCAAGAGCAAUCGUAAGUAGUUCUAUUUAUCCAAGUAUCAAGACAUCAGCUUGUACCAGAAGAAUAUAGUAUCAUCAAGUUCCAAAUUUCAAGGGCCAGCAAUUUGGAUCAGGGGGAAAAAAAGAAAGCACACAUCAGAACAGAAGAUGUACCAUCAUCACCAACAUCAAGGAAAGAACGUCCACUCUUCUUCAAGAAUGUCAAUUCCUCCUGAGAGGCAUUUAUUCCUGCAAGGUGGGAAUGGUCCUGGAGAUUCGGGACUUGUUCUCUCAACUGAUGCUAAGCCUAGACUUAAAUGGACACCAGAUCUUCACGAGCGGUUCAUAGAAGCAGUUAAUCAGCUAGGAGGAGCAGACAAGGCUACUCCAAAAACAGUCAUGAAACUUAUGGGGAUUCCAGGACUCACCUUGUACCACCUAAAGAGUCAUCUUCAGAAGUACAGGCUCAGUAAGAAUUUGCAUGGACAAGCUAAUAGUGGGGUCACCAAAACCGAAUCAUUGCAUAUAGGUAUAGCUGGACUGGGGUGUGACAGAGUAUCUGAAGCAAAUGGAACUACUUUAGACAAUUUAAGCAUUGGACCCCAGACAAACAAAAACUUACACAUGAAUGAAGCACUACAGAUGCAACUUGAAGUGCAGAGAAGGCUACAUGAGCAACUUGAGGUGCAGAGACACUUACAGCUCCGGAUUGAGGCUCAAGGAAAAUACCUGCAGUCAGUGCUGGAAAAAGCCCAGGAGACACUGGGAAGACAGAACAUAGGUACUGUGGGGCUCGAAGCUGCCAAAAUGCAGAUCUCUGAAUUGAUGUCCAAAGUAUCCAAUCAAUGCCUGAAUUCAGCAUUUUCAGAGCAGAAAGAAUUACAGGGGUUGUGCCCCCAACAGCAAACACAAGCAAACCAGCCCAAUGAUUGUUCAAUGGAUAGCUGCCUGACAUCCUGUGAAGGAUCUCAGAGGGAUCAAGAAAUACACAACAGGGGGAUGGGGAUGGGGAUGGGACCUUAUUCUGGAGGUGCACCCUUGGAGCAAAAAGAGAUAUGUGAGGACCCCAUGCUCCAAAAGACAGAACUCAGGUGGUCAGAUGACCUGAAAGACAGGAUGUUUCACUCCUCAAUAGGUAAAGAUGCGGAAAGAAGAAUGUUCCCUGUAGAAAGAAACUCCAGCAACUUAUCCAUGAGCAUAGGACUUGUAGGAGAAAAAGGGAACGGCAGCAACAGCUUUUCUGCAACAAGAUUUAAAGGAAGGGACUCAGAUGACAGCAACAACAGGGCAGAAUCAGUUAAACUUGAAAAUGAGAAAAUUAAUCAAGGAUUCAGAAUACCAUACUUUUCAGCCAAACUGGACCUAAAUGCACAUGAUGAAAAUGAUGCUGCUGCCAGUUGCAAACAAUUCGACUUGAAUGGUUUCAGCUGGAGCUGAAAGGAUCUGAAGCCAGCGAGUGUGACAAGUAGAUGUGACACAGAUGGUGAUACAAAGUCACCAUUAAAUUUGCAUCGGAAGGGUGUGGCUAGCAACAUAUCUGCUGCUCUCUUGUUCAGGCCAGCUUGCCUGGAAAAAUCAAUUGAACAAAUUCCAAUAAGUUGCACUGACAAUAUAGAUCAAAUUCGUAACUA